AUGUCCGGAUACCCUGGGCAAGGCUACCACGGCGCGGGCCAUCACGGCGGCGGUGGUGGCUACGGAUACGACAACAACAACAACAACAAUUACCCUCCUCAGCCCAGCUAUAACGGCGGCGGCUAUGAUGGACAGGGAGGAUACAACCAGGGAGGAUACAACUCUGGUCCUCCCCAGCAAGGAUACGGCGCUCCUCAGGGCGGCUAUGGAGGACACGGCGGCUAUCCUCCCCAGCAACAGUACAGCUCGCCUGCUCCGGGCGGUUACGGCGGCCCUCCUCCUCAACAGGGCGGCUACGGCAACUACCAACAGCCUCCGCCGCAGCAUGGAGGAUACGCACCGCCUCAGGGAGGAUAUGGACCACCUCAGGGCGGAUACAACGGCGGCCAGCUCCAUCAAUAUCCCGGCUCGCAUCACCCGCCUCCAGGCUUCGAUCCCCACGGCAAUCCUCUCAACCCUCCGAGCGCUGCGCACGCGAGAGCUGGUCCGCCGCCGCCUUCUGCCCCUCAACAGUUUGGCCAUGGCGCGCCGGCUGGCUAUACAUUCCAAUAUUCGAAUUGUACGGGAAAGCGAAAAGCAUUGUUGAUUGGAAUCAACUACUUUGGCAGCAAGGCCGAACUGAAGGGAUGCAUCAACGACGUCCGCAACGUGUCAGCUUUCCUGAUUGAAAAGUACAACUAUAAGCGCGAGGAUAUGGUCAUUCUGACCGAUGACCAAUCCGAGCCCAGAAUGCGGCCAACAAAGGCAAACAUCCAAGACGCCAUGGGCUGGCUUGUCAGAGACGCACAGCCCAACGACUCCCUAUUCCUUCACUACUCUGGCCACGGGGGCCAGACUGAAGAUCAAGACGGCGACGAGGAGGACGGUUCCGACGAAGUCAUAUACCCUGUCGACUUCCAACAAGCUGGACAUAUCGUGGAUGAUGAAAUUCAUUUCCGCGUUGUGAGGCCCUUGCAAGCGGGUGUUCGCCUUACAGCCAUUUUCGAUUCAUGUCACUCGGCAACCGUCAUGGAUCUGCCCUAUGUGUACUCUACCAAGGGUGUUCUCAAAGAGCCCAACUUGGCCAAGGAAGCCGGCCAGGGCCUCUUGGGCGCCAUAUCUUCGUAUGCUUCGGGUGAUAUAGCCGGUGUGACCAGCAGCCUCAUGGGCUUCGCCAAGCAGGCCUUCGGUGGAGAUGGAGCUUACAAGAAGACGGUGGCUACGCGGACGUCGUCAGCGGAUGUUAUCAUGUGGUCCGGCAGCAAAGAUGAUCAGACAUCCGCCGAUGCCUUUGUCGGAACUGAAGCCACCGGCGCCAUGUCAUGGGCUUUCAUUUCUGCUCUGAAAAGGAACCCUAAACAGAGCUAUGUCGAGCUGCUCAACAGCGUCCGAGAGAUUCUCGAGACCAAGUAUACUCAAAAGCCACAGCUGUCUUGCAGCCAUCCUCUAGAUACCAACCUGAUGUUUGUCAUGUAA